CUCCAAGCUGUAGAAGAGAUCACUCUCUCCCCCACACUUUUUGACUCUAAAAACGAAAGGCAAUGCAACCAGACGAGAAAUACCUUUUCACAUACAAAGGAUGUUAUUUCCAGCCUGAUUUGACUUCAGUGGAGUACUUAGAUUCCCUGGAGGAUUUUGAAAUAAGAGACAGUGAUGUAUUUUUAGUCACUUAUCCAAAGUCAGGCACUGUAUGGACUGAAAAUAUUUUGAGCUUGAUUUAUCAUGAAGGUCAUCGAGAUGGAAGCGAAAAACUCACCUUACUAGACAGGGUUAUGUCGCUGGAGUACAAUAUCGGCAAUGUGGAUUAUGCCAGUCGUCCAUCACCUCGCCUCUUUGCUUCCCACGUACCCUACUAUUUAGUACCCAAGGGAUUACGGAACAGAAGAGCAAAAGUUGUUUAUGUGGUCAGAAACCCAAAGGAUGUCUUGGUUUCCUAUUACCAUUUUUCCAAAACUUCACUCAAAUUAGAAGAAGUAGAAGAUUUUGGAAUUUUCAUGGAGAGGUUUUUGGCUGGAAAGGUACUUGCAAGUUUAUGGCUUGACCAUGUGGAAGGGUGGUACUCUCACAGGGAUGACUUCAAUAUUCUGUUUCUUACCUAUGAAGAAAUGAAGAAGGAUCUAAGAAGCUCUGUAUUGAAAUUAUGCAACUUUCUGGGAAGGAGACUGACGGAAAAGGAGGUGGAUGCUGUUGUGGAUCAGGCUACAUUUAAUAAAAUGAAAGCAGAUCCCAGGGCAAACUAUGAGUUCAUGCCACCAGAGUUCAUGGACUACAGCAAAGGACAUUUUCUUCGCAAAGGCACUGUUGGAGACUGGAAGAACAUGAUGACAGUCGCACAAAAUGAAAGGUUUGACAGUGUUUUCAAGGAGAGAAUAGAAAAGCUCCCCAUCAAGUUCUGCUGGGAUAUCAAUGAGGAAUCAUGAGUCUGCCUUCAGCUUGGAAGGAUGAAAUAAAGUGCACUGAAUGCAUCUAAUCCAGGCCUAUUUGUAAGAUUCAGCAAAAAACUCUCAUGUGGCUUAAUGGCAUCCUAAUGUUCGAAUAUGUGUAAUAAUAUUUUUUAAAACACCACAAUACAAUUACAUUUGUACUGUAAACCUCUUCUGUUUCUACAUUCCAGCAUGUCUUAAUUUCUGACUCCAUGUGCAAUAGACAAGGAGUCCCAAACUAACUAUUGGGAUUAGUAAUUGUAUUUUAAUUUGGCACUGUUAUAAUGAGGCUACCAUUGGAUUAUU